CCACCGAAGCCCCAUUCUCGACAAAGAAAAAAGAAAACCCAACACCCCACCGAGAUACAUGGUGUCUGAAGGUGCCCAUAUCAUGUCGGACCUCAAUACUUCUAUGACCGGCGACAGCGUCAGCGAGUUCUACAACGGCAAAACGGUCUUCAUUACGGGGGGCACGGGCUUCAUGGGCAAAGUGCUGCUGGAGAAGCUGCUCAGAGCCUGUCCCAAGGUGUCCAAGAUUUACCUGCUGAUCAGACCCAAGAAGGGGCAAGAGGCGAGAGAGCGGUUGCAACAGCUGCUGUGUUCACCGCUUUUCGACCCGCUGCGCCGCGACAGACCGGCCGACCUGCGCAAAGUCGAAGCUAUCGAGGGCGACAUCACGCAGCCGCAGCUGGCGAUCGGCGCGACCGAUCGCCAGCUGCUCCAGCGCACCGUCAACGUCGUCUUCCACAGCGCAGCCACCGUCAAGUUCGACGAGAAGCUGAAGCUGUCCGUCACCAUCAACAUGCUGGGCACGCAGCGGCUGGUCGAGCUGUGCAAGCGGAUGGACCGGCUGGAGGCUCUGGUACACGUCUCGACGGCAUACUGCAACUGCGACAGGUACGAAGUAAAGGAAACAGUCUACGCGCCGUCGAUAGGACCGGAUCAGGUCACGCAGCUGGUCGAAGCGUUGGACGAGGACCUGGUGGACUCGCUGACCCCGAGGCUGGUGGGCGACAGACCCAACACGUACACCUUCACCAAGGCGUUGGCCGAGUGCUGGCUGAAGGAGAACAGGGAGGAGCUGCCGCUGGUGAUCGUGAGGCCGAGCAUAGUGCUGAGCACGAUAUACGGGCCGCUGGAGGGUUGGUUGGACAACUGGAACGGACCUACGGGUAUAAUCGCAGCUGUAGGUAAAGGUUUGUUCAGAACUAUGCUCUGCGAUCCCAACAAAACGGCAGAUCUAGUACCAGUCGACAUGGUUAUCAAUUUGAUGAUUGUAUCCGCAUGGAGGAUAGGAACAACAAAAUCAAAGGACUUGCCCAUUUAUAAUUGUUGUACAGGUGUGACAAAACCCAUCAAAUGGAAGGAUUUCAUCGCCUUAUGUUUCAAAUACACACGGAAACACCCAUUUUCAGAAGUGUCAUGGUAUCCAGAUGGGACGGUGACGUCAUCUAGACUAGUAAAUACUGUAAAUAGGUAUUUGUUACAUUGGCUGCCUGCCUACAUGAUCGAUGCCAUCGUUUGGAUAUCCGGUGGAAAGCCAAUGAUGCUGAGGAUUCAGGAUAAAUUGACGAAAGCCGCUGGAUGUUUGGAGUAUUUCACAACACAAGAAUGGAAGUUCGACGACGAAAAUGUUAGGAAUCUAGUGGGCACUUUGACGGAAAAAGACAAGAAGGAAUUCUGUUUCGACGUUGCCAAAAUAGACUGGGAAAAUUACAUCCAGAAUUAUGUAAUCGGUAUCAGAAGAUACAUAUUCAAAGAGGACGCGGCCACGCUUCCAAAAUCACGACGAAACAUCUCAAGGCUCUACUGGGCCUAUACGGCCCUGAAGGUUAUAUCAGUGUUGUGUAUGUGGCGAUUUUUGACUUUGCGAUAUGCCCCCCUAAGGCAGCUGUGGAGCAACGCGCUACGCAUCCUCAUCCAUCUAGUAAGAAUGCUGCCAUUUGUAUAAUCCGAAAGUUAGCUAGAUCACUUGAGUUUUGCUAUCCUUUUCACUAAAAAUAUAUAUAAUAGUCCGAAAGUGCUGUGGCUGAAAAUGAAGAUCUAACUAGAAACCUUGAAUGUUCAAAUUUUGUAACUUGCAAGGCUGUGUUACUUUAGUGGUAAAUAAUCUUCCAAAGGGGCUCUUUAACGAAUGCGUUUCGCGUAGCAGUUUUCCAAAAUAGACUAGAACAUUUUUGAGUAUAGUACUUACAGUUUUAGAGAUGUAGAACCAGUUUACUAAUCUGCAGUCCUUCAAAGCCAUUGAUGCUUGGGAUAUUUCUCACUUUAUUUCGCCGAUGAUAACACACAUCUCACAUGAAAACGGUUAAUUCGCAAACUUUGUGGCCAUCUUGUAUCAAAUUAUCAUAUGAAAUUUGUUUUCAACGCCUACUUCCAUAGAAUACACAAUAUAUUUAUUAUAAUACACACUAACCCAUACAAGCCUGUGCUAUAAUAAACAAAAGACCUACUCGAAUAAUUUUACAACUGGCUAGGAACAUUGACGAAUUGUUAAAAGAAGAAAAUAGAAGAAGUAGAAUUAUCUGAUGAAAUGCAAAAUGGCGGGCUGUUUAACGAUAAAAAGUGAUUUUGUGACUGUGUGUGAAAGCAUGUGAAAGUAUCAUCCAAAGUUUAUCUUUUGCAGAUGAAAUUCUUGUUCUCCAUUCCAUAAACAGUGAGUACAUGUUUAUUCUUUUGGCCAAAUUGCCAUGAUAGUGUACUAUGUAAAAAGAUUUCGGUCAUUACCGUUGUUUCGUUUAUACAUAUUACUUAGUCUAGUAGUGCUUCCAGUCGUCUAAGCUUCCUUUUUACACCCUGUACGCACAAUGCGGAGCAAUCUUUAUGUUGUUUUUGUGUGUGCACAAAAGUUACUGAUAAUUCCAAAUAAUUAAUUGUUGAAUAAAAUGUUAUGAUAAUCUGUGCAGUCAACAUUGGUAAUUUUUGGUCACGGCACUACAUAUAUUAGAAAAAAGUGUCAUUUGUCCCCCAAUAUGAAAAAGGAGAGCAUUACUUGUUCAUAAUUCUUAUAUUUGUAAUGACAUGUUGAAAGUGCUUUGUUUAUAAAACUGUAUUUUAUUGUUAGUCUUGUUUUUUAAUUAAAAAAUGAGAAAGUUGCUCCAUUCCAGUUUUUCUGAACUUAAAUAAAUGUAAAUAGGUUUUUGAUAGUUACUUAAUUUAAUAGUUUUGCUAU